UACAGUAGAGGGGGAGAGAAGAGACCUACAGUAGAGGGGGAGAGAAGAGACCUACAGUAGAGGGGGAGAGAAGAGACCUACAGUAGAGUAGAGGGGGAGAGACAGAGGGAGAGAGAAGAGACCUACAGUAGAGUAGAGGGGGAGAAGGAAUGAGGAAGGCAGGGCUGAAAUCCUCCACUCCUCUCUGACAACUGCUUUACCCCUCUUUCAUUAUCUCGAUCCUCACUCUCUCUCCCUCUGUCUCUCCCACUCUCGCUUUCUCUCCCUCUAGGUUUGUGGAUGGUAUUGAGACAGAGAGAAAUGUGAACUCAACCCAAAAGUUUGAGUUUAGCUCCAGUCUUCUACACAGUGGUCCACCAUCCCCAGGACUAGGGAUCCAGGAGCAGUCAGAAAUCAAACAGAGUGUCUCUAAGCUGAGUGACGAGAUGAGCAGUCUCUCCCAGCAAGUCUCUCAGCUCAGCCAGGAACUGCAGGAAAUGACCCGCCUGCUCCGGCCCCUCCUCCUCGUGGCGCCUCAGCCAAUCCUGACAGCCAUGACGCCCAUCCUGACUCCACCCCCCAGCAGUGCCAGCCAACCGUCCUCCAGGACACCUCUGGUGGUCCCACCUCCAGCCCCGCCCCGCUCCCCACAACCCCACCCCCGGCGAACGCAGUCCUGCUCACUAUUGGACGUGGACAGUGCUGACACAGGGAGGGUGGACCUGCCAGGUUGCCUCCUCCCCACCCCCCCUCCACAGAGGCCUCCAGCCCAGGCCCAUUCUCCAAUCUCCCCAGGGAGAUGCUCCAAGGACUUACUCCGCUCCAACCCCCCUUCCCCUGGGACAGGAGACACAGAGGGGUCCACCCACCUCUCCAACGGUUCUAACCACUCCAACCUCCCGGUCUCUAGCAACGGGUUCUUCCCUGUCCAGGACCGUCCUCCCCUUGCCUCCCGCACCCCGUCCCCCUCCCUUUCCUUCUCACUGUCUCUCUCCUCCUCGCCCUCCUGCUCUCCCUGCCAGGGACCCCACCAUUCUCGACCAGGCAGUCACAGUAGCCACAGCAGGGGCCUGUUCCCCCCGACUCCCUCCCAGGAGACCCCACCCCCGCCUUCCUCCCAUUGCUCUGCUCCCCCGUCACUCAUCUCCUCGCCUGGAGACCAUAGGCUGAGGGUGGUCAGCCCCACCUUUUCCUCCUCCACUAACCUCAUCCCUCCCACGUCCUGUCUUAACCCCUCGCCUUUCUUCCCGGGGCCGUUCUCCCUGGACUCUCUGAGGGGGGAGACACAGGAGGGCCCCAGGCUGGAGGCAGGACACCUGGAGCUUGAGAUGCAGGUGUGGGGAGGGGAGAGGGGGAGGGAUGCUCCCAAAUGAUGGAACACAUCAGCUACAUCGACGAGGAAGGGCCAGCUCUGUGACAGAGAGGCAGAUUACAUGCAAGAAGAAACAGUAGAAGAGAGAAUGACAAGGAGAAGAGAGGAGAAAAUGUAGCUGGUCCAGAGAGCAACGUUGAACCUGUGAUAUGCACACAGACAGACAUAUAGACAAAUGAAUAGACAAACAGUGAGAUGGUCAGGUGGAAGCCAAUGGCAUCACUGAAAAAGAUCCCACCAGGACAGUAGCAUGACACCUAAUCUAACGGUAGUCUAAUCAGGCGAUCUGGCCAUGUUCUGGUCAUGUUAAAGCAACAAAUCCUUCGGUAUCUGUGGACGUCAUGAUGUCAGAAGUGAAAUGUGCAUCCUUUUCCCUACCCCUCUGCUGACUCCAUAGAGAGCAUGUUGCCCUUGCCAGAUUUUCCCAACCUACCACCCCUUCAUGACAUGACAUAGGACUGGAAAUGUACACUCAUAUUCAGUCUCUGUCAUGUAGAUUCAGUAUCAUACUAACAUAUAUUGCUUGGAUAUCACCAUAGCUGAUGUGGAGUUAAUUUACUUAAUAUUACUACUUAAUAUUCCUUCAGAGUUUCUCUUUAGAUACAUUGGGACCUGUUUCUCUGCUACUUGUUAUAUGGAGGGUUAUUUGUUAGUUUUGGAUGACCCCAUUAGACUAUCUCCACAAACUACAUACACACUUGCACUGUGGUCUUAUGUAUAAUGCCAGUCUCAGUGUCGAUCCAGCAUUCAUAGUAAAGCCUACACAGCUUAGUUUCUCUCCCUCUAACAAUAUAAAAACACUACAUGAGAAUCAGUGAGCUUACAAGACACAUGGAUCCCACCAAAACAUGACGACAACACUACUGUAGAGUAGAUGUUAAAGGGCAACUCCACCACUUUUCAACAGCAAAAUACCAGUCAACAUAUGUGUCAAAGUUUUGCAGAAAAAAAAUCUUUAGUUAAAAAGUUCUACCCGAUGACAAAGCCUGAUUGAUGACUCACACUAAAUGAUUCCGCUGCUCUGUCGUUCGCUACAUACUUUAGUCUGAGACUGCCAUCAUUGAAGUCAUCUGUGGUGACGAGGGGCAUUGUACAACACAAAGUCCCUUUAAUACUCUGAUUGGUUCGCCUCUAACCAAUCAGAGUAUUAAAGCCGCUUUUCCCAAGCGUGUUCUGGCACUGGCCCAAGCCAUCAGUGUCUUGACCAAUCAGACGGCCCUGAAUUUGUUCGCAAUCGGUGAAGGGUCAGGGAGGUACUCAGAGCCAGACACAAUGCGGAGAAGAAACUAACGUCUGUGGGCGUGGAGUAUAGUCGGAGCAAGGAGCCUGGGGAGCCAACCCGAUGACAUCGUCAAAAGUUAAAACAUUUUAAAAACUUUCAUUUUCAAACACUAUGAAAUUUGCGGUGAUAUGGGAAGCAAGAAAAUACCCUCCCUUUGGCUAGAAAUUCAUUGCAGGUUUUGAAAAUCAGUUUUUUACUUUGAAUCCUACCCUGUGAUGUCACAGAGAAGCAUCUUUUUAACCACAGAAAUGUGCUGUUUUCACAUACACUACCGUUCAAAAGUUUGGGGUCACUUAGAUAUGUCCUUGUUUUUGAAAGAAAAGCACAUUUUUUGUCCAUUGAAAUAACAUAAAAUUGAUCAGAAAUACAGUGUAGACAUUGUUAA